AUGGUGAAUGCUAUGAGACUGUGCACCUUGGGUCUUUUCCUUUUGUCCUGCUGGACAUGUGAGGCAGGCAGCAAGGUUUCCAAGGCAGUGGAUGUUAAUAUGAAAUACAAAGAUCCUAAAUUGCCUGUCGAAGAUAGAAUUACUGAUCUAUUGAGUCGAAUGACUCUUGAAGAAAAGGUCGGCCAGAUGACACAGAUUGAGGUACCAGUUGCCACUCCUGAGAUCAUGGAGAAGUACUUCAUUGGGAGCUUGUUGACUGAAAGGAUCUCUGAAACUCGACUUGGGAUACCUAUGAUUUAUGGGAUCGAUGCCGUUCAUGGCCACAACAAUGUUAUUAAUGCCACCAUUUUCCCUCAUAAUGUCAAUCUUGGUGUUACCAGGGAUCCUGCUCUUGUCAAGAAGAUUGGCGAGGCAACUGCUGUGGAAGUUAGAGCUACAGGAAUCCCCUAUGCUUUUGCUCCAUGCAUUGCGGUUUGUAGAGAUCCGAGAUGGGGAAGAUGUUACGAGAGCUACAGUGAAGACCACAAGAUCGUUGAAGAGAUGACUGAUAUAGUUAAUGGCUUACAAGGGGACCUCCCACCCAAUUAUCCAAAGGACUACCCGUUUAUUGGAGGAAAGGAUAAGGUAGCAGGUUGUGCCAAACAUUAUAUUGGUGAUGGAUGCACGGUUAAGGGCAUCAAUGAAAACAACACCAUCAUCGACAUGAAAGAUUUGAUGUCCAUGCUCAUGCCGGCUUACGAUCUGUCGGUCCAGAAAGGUGUUGCCACAGUUAGGAUAUCUUAUUCAAGCAUCAACGGGGUAAAGAUGCACGCCAAUAAAAAGCUGAUCGACCUUCUCAAGGAGAAGUUCAAGGGUUUCGCGAUCUCUGAUUGGCAAGGAAUUGACCGGAUCACUUAUCCACCUGAUGCCAAUUACACGUACUCCGUUCAGGCCUCCAUUUUAGCUGGCCUUGACAUGAUCAUGGUUCCUGACAACUACACAGAUUUCAUUGGGAACCUGACAAAAUUGGUUAAUGAUAAAGUCAUUCCAAUGAGCCGCAUUGACGAUGCUGUGACCAGAAUCCUGAGGGUCAAAUUCUUGACAGGCCUCUUUGAGAACCCAAAUCCAGACUACAGUAUGGUGGAUAUGAUUGGGACAAAGGAGCAUAGAGAACUGGCCAGAGAAGCUGUGAGGAAAUCUCUUGUGCUCUUGAAAAAUGGCAAGACGGAGAGUGAACCCAUCUUGCCCCUGCCUAAGAAGACCAAAAAGAUCAUUGUUUUGGGAUCCCAUGCUGACCACUUGGGAUAUCAAUGCGGCGGCUGGAGUGUUGAAUGGCAGGGAUACUCUGGCAAUGACAGGACUUCAGGAACUACCAUUCUGAAAGCGAUUACCAACAUGGUGGAUCCAAGCACACAAAUCCAGUUCAGUGAGAAAGCCGACCCUGAGUUCCUCAAGGCCAACAAAGACGCAGACUUUGCAAUCGUGGUGGUGGGGGAGAAGCCAUACGCAGAGACCAAAGGCGACAACCUGAACCUGACCAUCUCUCAUCCGAGCCAGGAGGUCAUCAAGAAGUCGUGCGCCAGUGGGAUCAAAUGCGUCGUGAUCCUCAUCUCGGGCCGCCCCCUCGUUGUAGAGCCGUUCCUGCCAGCGAUGGAUGCAUUUGUGGCAGCUUUCCUUCCUGGCUCUGAAGGCCAAGGAGUUGCUGAUCUGCUGUUUGGCGACUUUGGCUUCACUGGGAAGUUGGCAAGGACUUGGUUCAAGCGGGUUGAUCAGCUCCCCAUGAACUUUGGGGACAAGAACUACGACCCUUUGUUCCCCUUCGGAUUUGGCCUUAAGACCAAGAAGGGCGAUGGACAGGGCGAGUUGUGA